AUGAAUUGGCUCUGCCUCCUCAUCCUGCUGGCCACGUGUGGGCUUGCUCGCGGCUUAUGGGAAAACUGUGGAGGGAUCUGUGGGCUCCGACCAGCGGUGUAUGACUAUGAGUACUUGGUUGAUGAUCUUGAACAAACACGUGUUGUGGGUGGCACAGGCGCCCAGGAAGGGGCCUGGCCCUGGAUCGUCAGCAUCAAGCAUCCAUGGAUACCAGGCACGAGGCAUCUGUGCGGAGGGUCCCUCAUCAGCGCGGAGUGGGUCCUCACGGCAGCCCACUGCUUUGACCAUGUCAGGAAUAUAAGCAUGUUGUACUUGGUGAUUGGGGCCACCCAGCUGACUAAGCCAGGCCGAUGGGCAGUACUGCGCCGGAUUAAGCAAGUGCGGAUCCACGAAUCUUAUAAUAAAGAUGAUGAGAGCAAUGACAUUGCCUUGCUGGAACUGAACAAGCCUGUCCAGUGCAACCGCUACAUUCAGAUGGGCUGUUUGCCUGACCCCACGCAGAGAGUGUCAGAGAUGAAAAACUGCUAUGUCGCUGGCUGGGGUUCCACAGUUGCCAGAGCUUCAAAAUCAAGCGAUCUCCUGCAGGAGGCCAAGGUCCACCUCAUUGAUCUCAAGCUCUGCAACAGCAGCCGGUGGUACGCAGGGGAAAUCCACAUCCAUAACUUGUGUGCUGGUUAUCCAGAGGGCAAGAUUGAUACCUGCCAGGGGGACAGUGGUGGUCCUCUCAUGUGCCAAGAUACCACUGCUGACUAUUUCUGGAUUGUUGGAGUGACAAGCUGGGGAAGAGGCUGCGCAAGAGUAAGGCGGCCUGGAGUCUACACCUCCACUCAGUACUUCUAUGACUGGAUCCUGUACCAGUUGGGCCUGAACCCAUAUGGAAGUGCUUCUUGA